AGACCAUGUUUGCAAGGGAGAGAUGCUAGAAGGGGGCACUGCUUCCAUCAAUGACAGUCUACUACAGUACAAGCUCCUUUCUCUCUUUGCAGCUACUGACAUCCCCGCUUCUACCGCUUUCAUCAUCACUAUCAGAGAAAAGAGCCCGUUUCCUGCUUCCAAAGGGGGGUAGUUUCCAGCUUCCUAGAAGAGGUCGCCUUGCGGGAGGCUUGUCGAAGAUCUCGUUCGGUAACGUCAAAUCACUUAGAAGUCCAAACGUGCAGAGAGAGUCAUUCCCAAAUUCAGUCUUAGAAGUUCCCGAACAGAGUUCAGGGUAAAUACUGCCGAACAGAGUAUUUCCUACGCUGAGAAGCCGGAUUUUGUUCAAAUAUCGAGCGUGACGACUUGUCCUCUCACACAAUGAUGUGGACUCUGAAUAGCCCUCUGAAUAGAGAGAGCAGCAGCGGUGCGACGAACAGCGCUCGCCUGUGAGUACAUUGCGUCAACUCUCACGGCGCCCUGCCAUUAUACAUCGAAGGAGAAGUCUUGCAACGCCGCGACAUUGUAACACGCGAGCGACCACUGGAGCAGCAGCUCCACAGGUCACGCGAGCAAGUUGUCGCUCCACAGGUCAUGUCCUUAAACCGAGCAAGUUGUCUCCCCGAAAACCAGGAAUAAAUCCGCGAGUUAUCAGUGACGGAGGCCCCGAUGCGUCCUCGAGCUGUGUCGCUGUCUCAUCACCCAGAAUGGACCUGAGAAUCUUUGGCGGUUUGUGGAAGACCGCGCAGCAAUCACAGGCGGAGGACGACUCACGGUGCUUUCGAACUCCGGAAGAUUCUGUGGAUUCUUCUACAACUUCCAAUACUGCGCGAUGUAGUCGAAGUCAGAGACGAAGGCAGGGUCAGGCGGGAGAGUCUCAGGGAACGCACGCCUUUACCCAGGAGGGCGUCGAUUCGCCGUUAUCAUCGCAGGUGCUCUCGUCAGCACGAAAAGCAGCAGCUGAAGCGGACGAGACGCGACACUUUCUAGGCAAUCCCGAAGGCCGUGAUCCUGAAUCCGACGCCGGCGAUAAGAAGCCGUUGCCGGACCAGCGAUUCAUGGGAACGUCGAGACGGCAGGUGCAUUGUGACAUGUCGGACCGGCGAGGGUCAUGUGACUCGACUCGCCCGGCGGAAUCAUGGGACGGGGGUACAUGUUACAUGACAUGCGCCAGUGACGCACUGUCGGACAUAGCGAGACCGCGAGUGGAGCAACCGCGAAUCAAAGAAGAGAGGGAACAGGAUCAGGGACGGCUGUUGUCCGAUGACCCAUCGGAUGGCUUUCUACAAGUCUCUCCAGCGCGACAUUCGCGUCAGGAGGAAACCCGUUGCAGAGUAGUAGCCGACAUUCACUUUAGUCAAAUAGUACAUGAUAGUAGCAGAUCUAGGACUAGUGCUAGUAAAGCAUGUCUGUUGGGUCGAUACUGCGGCUCUGCUUCUUCUCGCGUGCCGACUCGGCAAGGAAUAGUGGCGUCGCAAGCUCGGCAUGGAUUAGAGCCGUCUCGGAGGUUAGAGCCGUCUCGGUGCUUAGAGCUGUCUGGGAGGUUAGAGCCGUCUCUGAGGUUAGAGUCGUCUCAGAAUCUGCGCACUGGUAUCGCGAGGAGCUUUUCAGUUCUCAGCCGCGUGAAGCGCUGGAACACAGCGUCUGUAGUGACGUGGCUUCUGAUGCUGACGUGGACACUGGUCUGGGGAUACGCAGGCGAUGUCGCUGCAGCAUCAGAUGUUACCGAUGUAGCAGCCAGAGCGGAUGCGACAGCUAGAGCAGAUGCACUACUAAGAGCAGAUGUGAGCAAUGGCAACAUAGCUAUCGGUGCAAGCAGAAUGCUGAAUAGCAGUGACAGCUCUAAUAGUAUUAGCAGUGAUGGCCUGGCACUCGACUGUGGCAGUAGAAGUAGCCUAGUGGAGCAUAGGCGGCCCACAUUGGGCUCCUCAGAAAGCAUCGAUAAUUAUGAGCAUUCAAGCAGGACCAGGGGGGGGGGUACCAGAGGAAGGGGUAUCAGAGGAAGGGGUAUCAGAGGAAGGGGUAUCAGAGGAAGGAGUAUUCAAGCCCCACCCAUCAGAACACCCCUGGACCCAUCCCCGUCGCCGCUGCGUGGUCUAUCCCUGCUGGCCGCGUCGCGGUCGAUCACGAUUGGCUGCCUCGUGCCCGUGGAUCUCACCCCCGACGCCGUGCACAUGCUCGCCGCUGUGACUAUAGCGGUGGAUGAGAUCAACCUGUCGGCAUCUCUGCUGCCCAACCACACGGUGCUGCUCGCGCCCCUCAACUACACCACUCUGCCCGUCGCAGGCCAGCUCGCAGCGCUGCAGCUCGCCUCCAUGGACCCCCUGCCAGUGGCGGUGGUGGGACCUCGCAAUUCGGACCAAGCAGCACUGGUCAGCCCUCUGGCAACUGAAGCCCAGAUUCCCUUUGUGUCGCCAUCAGCUACGGACGUGCAGCUGACAGCAGGCAGGGACCGGCCCUACUUCCUGCGGACCAUUCACAGCGAUGGCAUGGACAUGCGCGCCAUUGCAGAGUUCCUCGCCUUGAACAAGUGGAGCGAGAUCAUCGUCAUUCACAGCGACAACCGCUUUGGCCGCAACGGCAUUGCGACACUCAAUGGCUACCUUUCCACUCAGAAGCAAUGGAAGGUCAGGAUCGCGACACGUGUGCCGAUCAAGACGACGUGGACGGUGGCGCAGACAGCAGUGGCUCUGGCUGCAGUGGAGCGGCUUGAUCCGGCCGUGUUUGUGGUACACGCUGCUGCUGCCCUCUGCAGCAUUAUUUUCUCAGCUGCCCAUCAGUUGAGUCUGGUAGCAAAGAAUUCAGUGUGGGUGGCGUCUGAGGGGGCGGCUCUUGUCAACUCCACCGUCCUGCGAAACGUAGAGGGAAUGGUCAUCACCUCGUCCUACCUCCCUCCAUCGCCUCGCCUCACUGCAUUCCAAGAGAAAUGGGCCAGCCUGGACCCCGUCCGCUUCCCCAACGCCAGCAGAGAGGAGCCCAAGUCGUACACCCUGGCAGCAUAUGACGCCACUUACCUUAUUGCGUGGGGGCUGCACUCCCUGCUUUACGGCAAUGGCAGCAGUGGCGGCCGCAGCAUUGGCAGCAGUAAUAGCAGUAUUGGCAGUAUUGGCAGUAUUGGCAGUAUUGGCAGUAGUGGCAGCAGUAGCAGCAGCAGCAGCAGGAGCAGCAGCAGUAGCAGCAGCAGCAGGAGCAGCAGCAGCAGCAGCAGCAGCAGCAGUGACACCAGUAGUUCUGGGACCUCUCCCCUGACUCUGCCCACGAGCUACAGACACACAGUCAAGAAGCAGCCCCCUGUGCAGCUUCUUGCUCUGAAAAGGAGCCUGGUGGGACCAAUGCUUCGGGAAGCCAUGCUGACUACCAGCUUUGAUGGGGUCAGGGGCAGAAUCUCCCUCAGCGCCAGUGGCGACCUGCAGUCCAACGUGACUCGCAUUCUCAACGUGCGCAACGGCUCUGCUGUUCCUGUCGGCUUCUGGACUGCAACGCUUCUCCUCACGCCGUCUCUUGACUUACCCCCCCUUAAAGGCACAUCACGUAUGCUCAACAUCACCUUUCCAGGCAACACAACGAAGCCCCCCUCGGGCUUCUUUCCUCGUCGCAAGCUGCUUCUGGCCGUCCCUUACAAGCGGGGCUUUCAGCAGUUUAUCAACAUCACCGCCUCUUCCCCCUCCUCCUCCUCCUCCGCUGCUGCCUCAGCUACUGCCAACAAUGAUCGUUUCUCUGGGUUUGCAAUAGAGCUGUUUCGCCGGGCAGUGAGCAGGUUGUCGUACCAACUGGAGUUUGAGUUCGUGCAGGUUGGAGGGCAGGAUGGGCAGGAUGCUCGAUACGAUGACGUCAUUCAGGCCGUGGCAGAUAAGAGAGUGGACGGGGGCGUUGGCGAUCUCUCGGUGACACUAGCACGGAGCGAAAUAGUCGAUUUCACACAGCCGUACAUGCCGUCAGCAGUGAGUGUGAUCAGCUACGUGCCGCCCGCCAGCAGCUGGUGGAUGGCAUUCGCGCCCUUCACUCCUACCAUGUGGGCGGUGUUUCUCGGCAUGACUGUGGCCACGGGGCUCAUCACGGUGUUUCUGGAGUGCCGGAUGAACCCCGAGUUCCAGGGGAAGCUGCACGAGAUGCUGCAGCACGCCGUGUGGUUUGGCUAUCUCUCCAUCUUCUCCUAUCUAGGCAAGCCCGUGCGAUCGGUCCCAGCAAGAGCCCUCAUCUCUCUCUGGCUGCUCGUCACGCUCAUUGUAGUCACAUCGUACACAGCCAACCUGACGUCUAUAACGACAGUCAACCUGCUUACAGGGACUACUGUGGACCUCUACUAUAACAUUAACGCCAACAGCCCCAUUGGUUACCAGUCCGGAACAUUUGUAGAGCUUUAUCUUCUACAGCUCGGUGCAAAAAAGCACAACCUGGUACCGCUUAACAGUGCAGAGGAUUACAUAAGUGCGCUGGAGUCAGGGAGAGUGCGGGUGGUGGUGGAUGAGAACCCCUACCUGGACCUCGUGCGAGCUAACCACUGCAGCAUAGCGCAAGUCAAGCAGCCGUACGCCAUGCCCGGCUUUGCCUUUGCCUUUCAGAAGGGCUCUCAGCUGCGCAUAGACAUCUCAGAAGCGCUGCUGCAGCUGUCCCUGUCGGGGGAACUGAGUGCGCUGCAAACGACCUACCUGGAGGGCGGGGAGCGGCUGUGCCCCGACGUCCUCGUGCCCGUAGCCCCCACUGUGCUGGCCAAUGAAAACUUCUGGGGGCUCUUUGUGGGCUACGGGGUGGUGUCUGUGGCGUGCUGCGUGCUGUAUGUGGCGCUGCUGGUGUUCCGAGGAGCCAUGGUUGCCAGGGAGCUGUCUCUGCAUCACGUUGGAUCAUACAGUUCAGAUAUGGCGGGUUUCAUCCCCACUGGGCGAGGCUCUCAGGCUGCACUCACCGUCCUCCCCUCCUCCAUCUCCUUUAAAGGCAACUCGCUAGCACGUAUAAAGGAGCACGGGGAGGAUGACAGCUUGUGGCGGUGUGCCUAUACUGAAGAUUGGGAUGACAGUGGGGGUGGGGGUGGUAGUGGUGGUGGUGCUGGGGGUUUGCAACGCUCACUGGGAGCAACCAAGAAGCGCAGUGAAGCAGAGGCUAAGGGAGGUUCAGGGGAGAGCAGUCCAGCGCCUGGUUCUAAUCCGGCAGCCUUUGAAUCACCUCAAAAGAAGUGUAAGUUGGUGAGUCGAGGGAAAGGAGAGGGGGAGGAGGAAGAGGAGAAAGAAGAGCCUGAGGAGGGGCAAGAGGAGGGGGAAGAGGAGGAGCAAGAUGAGGGGCAAGAUGAGGGGCAAGAUGAGGGGCAAGAUGAGGGGCAAGAUGAGGGGCAAGUUGAGGGGCAAGAUGAGGGGCAAGAGGAGUGGCAAGUGGAGCAGAGUUGCUUUGUUCUCCUUCGGAAGCAGUCGUCGCGUGAAUCGGGGGCUUCUACCUCGCGUUCCUGGGCCUUCUCUUGGCCCUCUGUUUCUGAGUCGUCGCCGCUCAGUGAAAUCGUUCCCACGGCGUCUCAAAGGCGUUCAUUCUCUUGUUUGGGUAUUGAGAGACAGUCAGCUGCAAGAGCAGCAGCAGCAGCAGCAGCAUCACCGGAUGCAGCACCAAUAACACAUUCACGGUCGUUAGAUUCUGCUGCUGCUCCAGAGCCAACAGCAGCAGCAUCAGCAGCACCACCACCAGCAGCAGCAAAGGGGUCAGCGCACUGCCAGACCAGCAGAAUGGGAGUGCCAGUGGCUGGUAGCUUUGGAGCCGUGGCUGGUAGCUUUGGAGCCGUGGCAGGUAGCUUCGGGGGCGUGGCCUCCCUGCAGAGAAGAAUGGACAGUCUAGUCGAUAAAUUUAACAAGGGUCAAGAGUGGAGCAAGGACCGACACACACGAGCAGAGGCCCCCUCUCUCGCCACCGCCACUCUCCCUGUCUCCUCUCUCCCCCCCUCCUCUCUCCCCGCCUCCUCUCUCCCCUCCUCCUCCUUUCUCUCCUUCCGUGAAGCCACAUCCGACCACCAGCCAACCAGCAGCCACCAUGUGGUAGUCAGUGACAGCUUUGCCAGCACUAGCCCCCACACACUCCCCCACGCCCCCCUAGGCCGCCGCCCAGGGAAAAAGCUACGAGACAACCAGUUGUCAGGCAGACUGCUGACCAGCUUUGGGAAUUCCGUAGCUGGAGACAAGCUCGUUUCCUCCAGGGCUGUUGGCAGGUCUGGGAGAGUGCCGGACCUGACCUUGGGGACAGGUUCGGCGCAGGUUCCGCCGUCUUCUAGGCAGCUGAUAGCAGCGUUGAGGGCGAGCAAGCAGGUGCAGAAGCCAGGGGGGCAUGCGAUGAAAGUGAUGCCGUCCCGCCAGUUGCCGGCUCCGAAACACUCAAGUGGCCGUGAUUUCACGAAUUCGGACGAUGAGGGUGAUGGUGAUGUUGAUGGUGAUGAUGGUUGUUGGGACCUGAAUGGUUGUGACGAGGAAUGUGAGGAGGAGCGUGAGGAGGAGGGACGUCAGGAGGGGGAUUGUGAGGACAGGUCCAUGCCUCAGCCUGGGCGAGCGACUACCCUUUAGCUGGACAAUGGGAUGGAAUGCUGUGGGGCCAAAGCUCCGGAUGGAAUGGGGCCAAAGCACCGGAUGGAUCUCGGCCAUUGCAACGAUCGUUCCCCGAAUCCAAGGCUGCAUGCUUGCUGGGGAUUCAACUUGGUCGAAAUUCUGAGGCGCAGAGAAGCAGUCCAAAACUAAGAGCCCUAAGAGCCGUUCCGACCGACCCGUUCGGCCUUCAGGUGGCAGGCACUUCACACUUCCCUUGUACCACGAGUCAUUGCUGCUGGAAACCUGUGAGUGAGGCUGUGAUGUGUCAGGCAUACCUUAUAAUAUUUUUUGCCCACUUGAGACAAGACUGCAAGUUUUGGCCAAACAGACCGCAUGCAGUGCGUUUGGAAAGAUGGCCACGUGGUUUUGCGAAAUAGUUAGAAGAUAGUGAGGAGUGUGAUGUGAUGUCCCAUGAAAGGGGGAAUUCCCCGACUGUAACGAGUCGAUUUUUGAGUCGACUAAAAAAUCGACUCAUUACACACGGAUUAUACACUGAGAGAAUUUUUGUCGCAUGGAAGGCUGGGCGUAACUUGCAAAAGUUACUUGUUCGCGCGAGGCUCCCUGAGCACCAGCUGACGAGAUGUGGGUUACCCACGACACGUCCCGAGGAAUGAAGACCUGGCACCUUGGAGCUUUCCAGGGUGUUUUGGAUUGGCUGACCAGAUUUCAGUCGCGGUUGUUCCAACCUUGAAGUUGUUGUUCUCGUAGCGCAGUUUUCUGUUUAAGAGCUCGCUUGUAAACUCACUUUUAUAAUUCCACCAGCACUGAUGAAGGUCUGAUUUGGGGCCUGUCCCAGUCAGCCGAAACUAGUUUGCGUUUUAAUCUUCUAGUGGAGU